CCUCUCGCCCGUCAUUCACUCUCUCGCGCUGCCAGGAGCAGCUCACUCUCCGUCUGCGUGUGGUUCUUGUCCGUUGCUUAAAAUGGAACAGGACUGGCGAGCUUUAGCUACACAGCGAGCCGUGUACGUGUCUGACCGUAUCCGUGGGCUGUUGUCCUCCGGCCUGGACUUCCUCCGGCUGGAGCUGGGGCUUGAUCUGGGGAUAAAGCCGGAGCAGUGUCCAUCGUGGCUGAUUCUGAGCGCGGCGCUGAUCGGGCUGACGGUGCUGCUGCUGCUCGCGGCCUGUGGACGGAGGAGGCGUCGAGCCGCGCCCGUUCCUGAGACCCCCUGCACCGCCGUUGCUGAGACCCCGGUCAAAGCCGCCCUACCACCGAAGACUGUGAAGACCGAACCGAGCGAACCGAAAAAGAAGAACAAAAAGAAAGCAGCCGAGAAGCAGAAGGCCCAGGCCAAUGGACAGACAGUGACUGAACCUCCGGAGGAAAUUAAAGCCAUUGCGGAGAAAAAGAAACCCCCUCCGGCUCCAGCUCCAGCACAGAUACCUGCGGACACAAAGACCAAGAAAAACAAGAAGAAACCAAAACCAGAGGUGAAGCCAACCCAAGCGGUUUCCUCCACUGAUGGCAAGGAACCUGAUGAAGCAGGUGCUUGGGAAACCAAGGUCAGUCAUCGAGAAAAACGUCAGCAGCGGAAAAAAGAGAAGGGCCCUGGUGACAGCUCUGGGAGUCCUGAGGUUGGAGAUCGUGCCAGCCAGAAGGUGGAGCAACCUGCUGCUACAGCCCCAGCUAGCACCAAAAAGAACAAGGAGUCAUCACGUGCCAAGGCCUCGAAGGGUGACGCCAUUAUACCCUCAGUGUUGUCUAACUGGAAGGAUGUGAACUCUGUUAAUGGUGGAGGAAGGACAGAGGUUCCUGCGAAGCCAACCCAAACAAACGCUUUAAACAUUGAGAAGUUGCCUGCUGGGAGAAAGACCCCUGGGCAAAAGAACCGUGAGAACGCCACCAGGAAACAAGAGUCCGAGGGUGGAGAGAUUGGGACGAAAUCUAACUCUGAAAUCAGGCAAUGGGACAGUAGACCCACCUUUGACAGUCAAUGGCCUAACUUCAAUGGUCUUGCCACCGAGGACCUGAGCUCAGACUGGAACGCUCCAACUGAGACAUGGGACAAUUAUGAGUACAAAGUAGAUCCCCCCGCUUUGAAAGAGAUGCCAGUUUCCAAGCCACUUGUGGAAUCCAAUGAUGACCACGACAAGGUAGAUCCUGCAGGAAGUGGAAAAUCCAAAAGACGAAAGAAAAAGAAGAGACCGGAAGAAGACGGUCCAGCUGCUGAGGUGACUCAAGUAGGUUCUGCUCCUGCAGAGAAGAGUGGUACUGUCAAGCCUCAUCCUCCUCAUGUUCCUAAAGAUGAGGGAUCCAAGCAAAACAUCCCUCCACAGUCUUCACAAAAGAAAUCUGAUCAGAAUUGGGAACCACCGAAGCAAGUUCAGAAGAAAAAGGCCAGGAGAGAAACAUGAAUCGCAAAUAACAUCUAGGACAGUUUAUGCAAAUAGAUAUGCAAUAAUUUCACAGUACAAAAUUUUAUACUGAAUACAUUUACUGUGAAUAAUAAUAAUAAUAAAAUCAAAAAUAGAAACACAACGGAGUUGGAAGAACUCUGUAAAAGAAAAGAAAAAAAAGACUAAUAUAGAUUAAAGGUGAGCAGUCCAUGGGCUGGAACACUACUAUGUGCACUAUUACACUACACUGAAGUUUGUUAAGGAAUACUUCUCAUCCUUGAUAUCAGACAUGCUUUCAGUGGAGCAAAACAUUCAUGAUGAUUAUUUUCCAACUGCUACUUAACUGAUUUUGAAGUUGGAGUGUUGAAUUUCAUUUGGGAAAUUAAGGAUCUGCUUGCUUUCCAUCUAUUACUGUUCCUGUGGCACUUUAGUGCUGCUGAAGUGUUGCAGUUAGAGUUAGAAGCCACAGAGAGGCGCUGCGAGCCGGCGUCUCCCCCAGCAGUACUUCUGGGACAUUAGCUUGAGCAGUAAAAAAAAAAAACCAGCAGGUGAUUUACUGUAACCCUAUAGAGAACAGUUAUAUUACAGAGACCUUUUUUAAUGCUAAUCUUAUUUUCUUAGAGCUUUUCUUCCGUCCUGAUUGCAUAUAUAUAUUUUACCCAUGUAACUGGGCAUGUGGAUCUUGGAGAUGUUAUGACUCUUCCCUUUUUAAUCAACUGCUUGUCGACUCUAAUGCUUUAUUUCCUGCAAACUAAAGUUGAAAAAGCCACGCCAUAUGUUUAAAACAAUAAGGGCUUUUUUUCUAUGGUAAAACUCUUUGUAAUUGCACUGUGCUGAAGGUUGUAAAAUACCAUGUGUAUUUACUUUGUUUUUCUUGCACAAUGUGAACAUUUGAUUUUUGUUCAUGUUUGAUUUGACUGAGUAAAUUAGUAGGUUUAUGUGAUUUUAAUUGGGAACGUUGAUGAUGAUUAGCGCAGCUUUAAUUCCAUGACACUAAAACAGUAUAAGUAUCAGGAAUCUGUUGCCUUAAUCUAUACUUCGUAGUGUAUGCUUUCUGUUCUCUUCCUCAUUUUGAAGUCUUUUUUUUUUUUUUUUUUUUUUUGGUUUCAGAUUUAAUUGAUGUCAGUGUUGCACUUGCAUGAAGUUAAUAACAUUUAUAGUGAUGAACAACGUCCUGAUUCUCUGUUUGCUCGUGCAAGUACCACUCACUGUAAAUAGGCUUUAAUGAAUGAUGAUGAUGAUGAUGAAUGGAUGGAUGUGGGGUGGGUUUGGGAGGGGGAUUUUUAAUGCAUAUUCAUAUUCGGGUUGACUUAGUGGUGUUUUGCCCUUGGUCGUUUUGUAAAUUUCAGUAGAUCAUGUGUUUUUGAGGCACUCUGGGCUAGCAUCGGAUGCCUGCCUUGGUUUAUCAUUCUAGAGGUUACUCAAACGAUGUAUUUCUACCGGUUUAUGGAUUGAAGAAUGAUUGUUUACUUAAGUCAAUGCAAUAUUUCUAUGUUGAUUUGUUAAAUAAAAAAAAGAUUGCUCUUUGAGCUUAGAGCUGUUGAUUUGUUAAAUAAAAGAAAAUGCUGUUUGGGCUCAGA